UGGGCUGCGGGUGCUGGAGGGGCCCGAGGGCAGCAGCUCCUGUCCUGGAGGUGUCCGGCAUUCCCCAGCUCCCAGCGUCGCGCCAGUGCUCCUUUUGUCCCCGUGCAGUACGGCCUCUAUUCUUCCUUCAUGGGCUGCUUCGUCUACUGCUUCCUGGGCACUGCCAAGGACGUGACGCUGGGCCCCACAGCCAUCAUGUCGCUGCUUGUCUCUUCUUACGCGUUCCACGAGCCUGUCUACGCUGUCCUGCUCGCCUUCCUCUCCGGCUGCAUCCAGCUGGCCAUGGGGCUGCUGCACCUCGGUUUCCUCCUGGAUUUCAUUUCCUGCCCGGUCAUUAAAGGGUUUACAUCAGCUGCUUCCGUCACCAUUAGCUUCAACCAGAUCAAGAACAUCCUGGGGCUGCAGGGGAUCCCUCGGCAGUUUUUCCUGCAGGUGUAUGAGACGCUGCGGAGGAUCGGGGAGACCAGGUCAGCACCAUCCCUGCGCCUGCCCUGCUCCGUCCCCCUGCAGCUGCGGGGUCUCGGGCUCUGCUGCUUCGCUCCCCAUCUCUUUGGUCACACCUUGCAUCGAUUUCUUGGUCCCUGCCCAGCGCCCCCAGGUCGGCGGGAGCUGAGACCUGGAGGUGGGUCGGGGAGGACGAGGUCCCAAGGAUGGUCCUGCUGCUGUGCCUGCCCCUUCCUAAGACUUGGAAGACCUCGGCAGCCCGGGUUCCCACCUCCUGCUGUCCCUCCCACCGCCCUGGGCUCCAGGCAGGUUUUCACGGUUGCUCUCUCCGCUGCAGCACGCAACGCCCUCGUAGUCCUGUUUGCUGGCCUGGUUGCUUACUCCUUCCAGGUGAUGGGCUCCCAGCCGCUCACGCUCACCGGCAGCAUCCCCCAAGGCCUCCCUGCCUUUCGGCUGCCGCGCUUCUCCAUGGCUGCACCCAACGGCACCAUCCCCUUCAGGAGCAUGGUGGAGGACAUGGGGGUCGGGCUGGCCGUGGUCCCGCUCAUGGGCCUGCUGGAGACCAUUGCGAUUGCCAAGGCUUUUGCCUUGCAGAACGAUUACAGGAUUGACCCCAACCAGGAGCUGCUGGCUAUGGGCUUUGCCAACGUCCUGGGCUCCUUCGUCUCAUCGUAUCCCAUCACGGGCAGCUUUGGCCGGACAGCGGUGAACGCGCAGUCGGGUGUCUGCACGCCCGCAGGAGGGCUCGUCACAGGCGCCCUGGUCCUGCUCUCGCUGGCGUACCUCACCUCGCUCUUCUACUACAUCCCCAAAGCAGCGCUGGCCGCUGUCAUCAUCUCGGCUGUGGUCCCCAUGUUUGAUGCUGGGAUCUUCAGGACGCUCUGGCGGGUUAAGAGGCUGGACCUUGUGCCCCUCUGCGUGACGUUCCUGCUCUGCUUCUGGGAGGUGCAGUACGGCAUCGUGGCUGGGGUGCUGGUCUCAGGGAUUCUUCUCCUCUACUCCAUCGCCAGGCCCCCAAUAAAGGUGUUGGAGGGGGACGUGCUCCUCGUGCAGCCGGGGAGCAGCCUGUACUUCCCAGCCAUCGAGUGCCUCCGGGACACCGUGUGCAGCUAUGCCCUGGCAGCAUCCCCACCACGCUCCGUCAUCCUGGACUGCCGCCACAUCAGCAGCAUCGAUUACACGGUGGUGGCGGGGCUGGCAGAGCUGCUGCAGGAGCUGCGCAAGCACGGCCUCUCGCUGGCCUUCUGCAGCCUGCAGGACCCUGUUCUCCAAGUGCUGCUGUCCGCAGACUUAGAAGGGUUCCAGCAUUUCCCCAGCCAGGAGGAGGCAGAGCGGUGCAGAGGAGCGGAGCCGGGGGGCGGCAGGGCAGCCCCCUUCACCAGCACCAGCCUGAGCUCGCUGCUGCCCGCGGGGCUCAUCCAGUGAGUCGAGGAGCCACCGGGACCUCCCCAGGGCCAGCAUCACCUUGCCGCCUCCUCCCCUCCGAUUACACCGGGGCUGUACGACCCGUGCUGCA